AUGGAUUUGGAUGAUGGCCAAUACUCCGGUCGUUUGCGGCGGUUCUUUUUCGGCGAUGAAUCUUGGAAAUUGGCAGCAAAAGAUUCUGACGUGGAAAAAAUGUUCCGGAAAUUUUUCUCGAAACUGCAAACUCGAAUUCAAAGGUUGAAACAGCAAGCACGAAAAACAGAAGAUAAAAGCGAGCAUCCGGCACUGUCUUCAGAUAUUCCGGGAACAUCAGCUGCUUCUAAUAUUUUGGGUUUCCGUGAUGGUGGUUUCGAUCGACGCUUAACAAUGCGUGUGGCCAUCGACGUGCUCAAAAAAAACGAUUUUGAGCUGCGCGAAUUCACGCAAUUACGUCGCCUUCGUGCUUCGCAGGCCAGCUUACCCAUUGCCGAAAAACGUGCCGAGAUUUUACAAACACUUCAAAAUGUUCCGCAGUAUCUUCUCGACGCUGGAUAUGAUCGUAUUGCAUGCACACAACCACGUCGAAUUGCGGCAACAGUGCUUGCGCGACGUGUUGCAUACGAAACACUGAAUGAAUAUGGCAGCAAAAUUGCCUAUCAAAUAAGAUUCGAAAGAACCCGUACAAUGAAAACUCGUCUAUUGUUCCUCACCGAAGGACUGCUCCUGAGACAGCUACAGACCGACCCUCAACUUAGCCAGUACAGUGUAUGUGACAUAUAUAUACGAAAGACAGUACGGGCCUAAAA